CAUCAUCAUCUUCAUCAUCUGGUCAUCUCUCACCCCGGUACCCGCUUUCCUUACAAACAUGGACGCCCCAUAUUUCUCUACAUCUCUACCUUCCAUCCUCCACAUCUCCUUCUUCAUCAUCCUAACAGUACUACCACUUCCACCAUCUUACUGCAUCGGCGAUGAUCCCUUAUUCGAGGAGUGCGGUCGUCCCUACCACUGUGGAAGGUUCGAAAACAUUUCGUUCCCUUACUGGAUAGACGAUGAUCGGCCGGACUAUUGCGGGCAUAGGGAUAAGGGGUACGAGUUGAAGUGCUCCAAUGAUGAAGACAAUAAUGAAUACCCUGUUUUGCAAUUUGAAGAGCUAGAGUUCCGGGUACUGAAUUUCAACCAGAGUACAAAGAAUAUGACCAUUGCAAGAAUGGACCUCUGGGAUAAUCUCUGUCCUAAAAAAAAGUUGACUACCGCUUUGAAUUACACCUUGUAUGAUUAUACUUCAACCGUUCAGAACCUAACUUUAUUCUAUCGCUGCCAUCAAGCCAUACCGCCCUUGAAUAGAUCAUUUGAAUGCGGCCCAGGAGCUUGGAAUAAUGCUUACUUCGUAGACGACACUUUGCCGCCCGGUAUCAAUCUAUCUAAAUUUUACCAAUCAUGUGAUGCUACUGUGAAAGUUCCCAUUUUCAAAACGAGUGCUCUCAAUGGCUUCCUUGCGGGUGGAGAAACAGUACUACCGUUACUGGUGGAAGCUCUGAAGGAAGGGUUUGAGGUGGAAUACGAUCGAUCGUUGCUGGUUGCCUGUAGUGGGUGUGAGCACUCAGGCGGAAGAUGCGGCUCUAAUAGCACCUCCCCGUUUGUCUGCUUUUGCCGUGACGGAGUGCAAUCUUUCAAUUGUGGUCCAAACGACUCAGACGGCGGGAAGUUCGGCAGAUUGAAAGUGAUAAUAAUAGCAUUUGCCAGUUUAUCUAUUGUAAUUGGAGUUCUGAUAAUUGGCCUCUGCUUCAAGAGAAAGUUUACAUCCAUUAAUAUCAUUCAUUUUUUCGAGAAGGAAAAUCUAACUCAUCAAAGUGUUGAGACAUUUCUAAGGAAUAAUGGACCAUUUUCAAUAAGAAGAUACAGUUACUCAGAUAUCAAGAAAAUGACCAACUUCUUCAGAGAUCAAUUAGGCCAAGGAGGCUAUGGUUGUGUCUACAAGGGAAAGUUACCAGAUGGUUCUUUUGCAGCAGUGAAAGUUUUGAAAGAAUCAAAAGGAGAUGGAGAGGAAUUCAUUAACGAGGUUACGAGCAUUAGUAGGACCUCCCAUGUCAACAUUGUUACUCUUAGAGGCUUUUGUUUCGAGGGUUCUAAAAGAGCUCUUAUAUACGAGUUUAUGCCUAAUGGAUCUCUCGAGAAGUUCAUAUACCGAAAAGCUCCACCAAAAGUUGAUCAUCAUCAAUUGGGAUGGGAAACAUUAUACAUGAUUGCAGUUGGCAUAGCUCGAGGAUUAGAGUACUUACACAGAGGUUGUAACACACGAAUCUUGCAUUUUGACAUUAAGCCUCACAACAUUCUUCUGGAUGAGAACUUCUGUCCAAAGAUUUCUGAUUUUGGCCUUGCAAAAAUAUGCCCUAGAGAAAAUAGUAUCAUAUCAAUGGUGGGUGCAAGAGGCACCGUGGGAUAUAUAGCUCCGGAAGUAUUUUGUAGAAAUUUUGGAGGGGUCUCACAUAAAUCCGAUGUUUAUAGCUACGGAAUGAUGGUUUUAGAAAUGGUUGGGGGUACAAAUAAUAUAGAUGUUGAGACUGAUCAUACCAGUGAAACAUACUUUCCACAUUGGAUAUACAGACACCUUGAACUAGAUAAAGAACUAUGGAUGCAAGGUAUCAUAAAUGAAGAGGACGAACAAAAUAUAAAGAAGAUGCUAAUAGUGGGUUUGUGUUGUAUACAGACCGAUCCGUCAAAUCGUCCAGCGAUGAGUAGAGUUGUGGAUAUGCUAGAAGGAAGCCUCGACUCUUUGCAAAUCCCACCGAAGCCUUUUUUGUCUUCCCCAUCACAACCUCUAGGUGAUUCUUCGACUACAAUGGCUCUCCAUUAUGAUUCUAUUAUAUCUUGAAAAACAUCUUUUUCUUAGAAAAUGAAAUCUUAAUCCUUGGUAGUAACCUUUUAUUUGUGUCACUUAUAUCAUGUUUUAGCUUGUCAAAAGACCUUACAAUGGAAGACAACUAUAUUUGAUUGCCUCAAAUAUGCAAUAAUACCUAGUGAAUGGCUCCCAUGACAAAUUUAUAAUUCUUUUAUUCGAUCUUGGUAAGUUGUAAUCAUGUCCUUAUGUAAAUGAAAUUCCCUACCUAAUCUUAUAUAUAUAGGUAGUUCAAAUAACCAUAAAAGCACCACAAAUUGAUGGAAAGAGUACUACAGGUUAGUUUUGAGGAAUAUAUGAUAAUAAUUUACCAUCGGAUUUCAAGAAUGUAUAGGCACAGUGCAAGGAUACUUUUUGUUGUGUAAGUGAAAAAAUACUAUGGAAAUAGAAGUUUUUGUGAAGAAUAAUACUAAGGAUCGAGAUUGAACACAA